GUCUUAGAGUAUAUCGAAAACGCGAAGAAGCUAGGAAAUGUUAUAGUAAUCGGUAGCGGAUUAAUCUUUAAGAGAGGAUAUUAUAUUCGACUAGCUCUUAUUAUUAACCCGGAGCCUAACCUAGCCGUCGCUAAAGAGGAGAUAUUUAGCCCUAUACUAGUAAUAUUCAAGUUCCGUAGCGAGGAGGAGGUUAUUCGUUAUGCUAAUAAGUCCGAGUAUAGGCUUAGAGCAUUUGUUUAG